AUGCCAUCUGUGGCAUCUGAACCUCCUCUGUCCGUCGUCUCCAACACCGUCCACUCGAACUCUUCGUCGUUGGAGGGCCCUCCGAGAAAGUCCCACGACAAGACCAUCAGCGGCGUUUUUACCUACACAAACGGGACCGAUGUCGAGGCAGGGUUGUCUGAUCACAGACUGGAUCAGCUCAAGAGCCUGCGCAACAACACUAGUCACAGUUCCCUGACAAAUGGCGUUCCUAACGGGAACGUCAAGGCGCCCCCUCGAGAUCGAAUACAAUCCAAGGCCGGCAGCUCCAGCUCGGCUGCGAGCACAAGCGCUGCCGCAAAGUACACUGAACAACUGUCGAGGAGUCCCGCGUCGUCAGAGGGACCACUGACCAAGUUAUCUAGUGUUGAGAAUGCGGCGGCAGAGCAGGAUGACGGGCAAAAUAAUGGCCUCUCCGAGCGGUCACCCAGGCCGCAGUCGACGCCAGAGUUGGGUAAAUUGACCACGAAUAUCCCUCCCGAAAAGCUCCAAUACGAUCCCUACCACAUGGUCACCGCUUCCACUGUCCCCGACUCUGCACGAAUAGAUGGGGAGUCGGCCACUGCUGGCCUCUCUCGCGGCCCCCUUCCCGCCCUUGCACGCUUCUCCUCUCCGCCCGCCAUGUCCCCGGGUGCUUCAAUACAAGAUCGACAUCACGAACUAUCACCGAGUCCCGAGCCCCCGAAACUCACGCAUCGCCAUACCCUACAAGUGCCAAAGGUGGGUGGCAUUGGCGCAGUCGGUCGGAGUUCGCGCGACUUCUCUUUCGCAGGCGCCCCUUCUGAAGAAGCGCUCUCCACCGCCACCGGUCGCUUCUCCCCGACACGAGAACAACAUGAUGGAAAUGUGGUGAGGCAUAGACGAGCGUCACUUGGCCUGGUUCGUAGGGCAACUCGGUCGAUGCAAUCGGACGCCCACUUGGACGAAGUUCCCCCGGAUGACGAUGCGGCGCGUUGGACCGAACUCAUCAAGCAGAAACGAGCGAGCAGGCGCAAAAGAAAAGAGGACGAGGAUGACGACCGCGUUAUUGUUGGCAAGAAGGUCGAGGAGGGUCACGUCAACUGGGUCACCGCCUACAACAUGUUGACCGGAAUUCGAUUUACUGUGUCGAGAACGAAUGCAAAGAUGGACCGGGACUUGACGGAUGCCGACUUUGACGCAAAGCACAAGUUCAGCUUCGAUAUCACCGGAAACGAAUUGACGCCCAGCGCCAAAUACGACUUCAAAUUCAAAGAUUACAGUCCGUGGGUCUUUCGGCACCUCAGGGCCAUCUUUGGGUUGGACCCGGCCGACUACCUUGUCAGUCUUACCAGCAAGUAUAUCCUCUCGGAAUUGGGCAGCCCCGGCAAGUCGGGCUCAUUUUUCUACUUCUCGAGGGACUAUAAGUACAUCAUCAAGACGAUUCAUCACGCCGAGCAUAAGCUGCUUCGGAAGAUCUUGAGGGACUACUAUCGGCAUGUACUGGACAACCCUAACACGCUGAUAAGUCAGUUUUACGGAUUGCAUCGGGUCAAAAUACCCUACGGUCGCAAAAUACAUUUCGUGGUCAUGAACAAUCUUUUCCCGCCCCAUCGCGAUAUCCACCAAAUGUUUGACUUGAAGGGGUCGACCGUUGGCAGAGAUUUUAGUGAGGAAGAUUUAGCCAACAACCCUCGGGCAACGCUGAAGGACAUGAAUUGGUUGCGGAGAGGUUUGCAUCUCGAGUUCGACGCUCGGAUACGACAGAUAUUCCUGGAUCAGAUGAAAAGAGACGUUGCUCUCCUGCAGAGGCUUCACAUCAUGGACUACUCCUUGCUGGUUGGUAUGCACGACCUAGAAAAGGGCAAUGAGGAGAACUUGAGAGAGACAACGCUGCAGGUGUUUCAGCCCGGGGGAGAGAACAACGAGGACGAGUAUGGAUCCUCAGUGUUGACUCGAACACCGUCCAGACUGGAGAAUGCGAGAAAAGCGCGAGAGUUGAGAUUGACGCUGAAGAAGGAGAAGCCUAUCCCUAUGGGCUUGGUUACCGCGAAGAUGCCGUCUGAGAUGGCCUCUGGGGAUGGAAGACGAGACCGGGUGUUCUACAAUUACGACGGCGGUAUUCGGGCUACGCAUGAGGAUGGACGAGGUGGUGACCUGAUUUACUACCUUGGCAUCAUCGACUGUCUGACCCAUUAUGGUAUGGUCAAAAGAAUUGAACAUUACUGGAAAGGUCUUUCGGCGCCGCGAGGGCAGAUAUCAGCUAUUCCUCCGCAAGCGUAUGGAGAACGAUUCGUCAAUUUUAUCACUGGAAUCACCAUGACCCAAGAAGAAGCCAAGAGGCGAGAAACGGGGGAGAGCCACCGAUUUUGGGAACAAGUACCGAUACAUGCUGCAUCUGCGGAGAAUCUAGGACAGCCAUCAGGUGUGGCCUAUUCUGCGGGUCUCGACUCAGCUACCGCGCAUUGUUCACCCAUGGGCCCGGCAGUGGAAAGGACCAUGAGAAAAGCGGCCAAGCAAACCGACAAAGCGACACCAUCUGAGAAAGGUUGGAGCAAAAACGAAGAGGAGAAGCCGGACCGGACAUUGAAAACAACCGAGGAUUCACGCGCCGCCAUGACCCUGCCUGUUGUCACGGAAGCGGGUGAAAGCACUGGAUCAAGCGAAAAGAAACGGGCGUUGAGUCCACCGAACGAGGCCGAAGAAGAACGGGAAGAUCAUCCCACUGACUUGACCUCGUCUCCUGUUCCUGUGGGCUCGUCAAUCCGGGGUGUACGCAGAGUCUCGCCUUCGACAGUGGCCACGGCGACAGAGAUGGGAGAAGAUGACACGAGCAUGUCAAGUCCACCGACGCAACCCCUCGAUUUCGAAGCAGAGUCGUACUCGGACGACGAAACCCAGUCCCUGCAGGAGCGGAACGUGAGAAUGGAGAGGGAGUUCAACCAAAAGCCCCCGCGGAUAGCAAGCGAUUUGAUCCAGCCCCAGUCCCCUCUUCAGGACAGCGUGAUGAGGUCGCUUGAUGAGCAGAUGGGGGAUCUUGGGCGGAAUUCUUGA